AUGCCGGAAGUCGAUUUCUCCAUGAACGUUGAGAUGCCGGAAGUCUCCAUGAACGCUCUGGUUUUUUUGGUGUACCUUUCCUCUGAGGCAACACACGUUUGCAAUGAUCCAAUUGCAGAGAAGUUUCUAAGCAGCAUUAUCCAUAAUGAGGAAGAAGCAUAUGAAAGCUAUCGUGCCUAUGCACAUCACGUGGGAUUCACUGUUCGGAAGGACCAUACUACCUACUGGCCGAACUCCAAGAAACUCAAGGUUAAAGAUUAUAUUUGUGGAAAAGCUGGCUAUAAGAAAGAGCCUAACAACACAGUUAAGUUCAGAAAAGCAGACACGAGGAAUGACAGUAAGGCCAUGGUACGAUUUCAUGUUGGUUUUGAAGGCAAUUGGACAGUGGCAAAAUUCAUUGAAAAUCAUAAUCAUCCUUUGGCCGAAAGUGGUGAUAAGCAUCUUCUUCGUUCCAACAGAAGGAUAAGAAUGGAACAAGAAGCAGCAAGUAGUCGUCGAGUUGUGGACGCAUUCGAGCAAAGUUUGACAGAUUGUCUUACCCAGGAAUAG